AUGACACAAAAUCCCGUCAAAUUUGUCCAUCCCUUUCCCUUUGAAGUGCCCUUUUUUAAUAAAGGGAUGGAUAAAUUUGUUAUGAAGCACCUUAUUAGAAGAUUCGUAAAUCAAUUUGGAAUGACAUAUACAUCACAUAUAUUAGAUCAACUGAAGAUUUUAGGUUUCCAGCAAGCUACUGACGCAGCUAUUUCAUUAGGAAUUGAUGAUCUUUUAACAACACCAUCUAAAGCAUGGCUUAUCCAAGAUGCGCAGCAACGAGGGUUUGCUUCAGAAAGACAUCAUGAUUAUGGGAAUGUACAUGCAGUAGAAAAAUUACGUCAAUUGAUUGAGGUAUGGCAUGCUACCAGUGAAUAUUUGAGACGAGAAAUGAAUCCGAAUUUUAGGAUGACUGAUCCUCUUAAUCCAGUACAUAUGAUGUCCUUUUCAGGAGCUAGAGGAAGUACAUCCCAGGUUCACCAAUUAGUAGGUAUGAGAGGAUUAAUGUCGGAUCCUCGAGGAAAAAUUGUUGAUCUACCCAUUCAAGGGAAUUUCCGCGAAGGACUUUCUUUAACGGAAUAUAUUAUUUCAUGUUACGGUGCUCGUAAAGGAGUUGUGGAUACUUCUAUACGAACAGCAGAUGCUGGAUACCUCACACGUAGACUUGUUGAAGUAGUACAACACCUCGUUGUACGUAAAGUAGAUUGUGGUACUAUCCAAGGUCUUUUUGUAAAUCUCAUUCAAGAUCGAGAAACAAUCAAAAAUAAAUUUGUUCUACAAACACUAAUUGGUCGUGUAUUAGCAGACGAUGUAUAUAUACACGGGAGAUGUAUUGCCACGCGCAAUGAAGAUAUUGGAAUUAAACUUGCCAAUCAAUUAUAUUAUUUCCAAGUACAACCAAUAUAUAUACGAACCCCUUUUACUUGCAAAAGUAUAUAUUGGAUUUGUCAAUUAUGUUAUGGUCGGAAUACUACUCAUAGCAACUUAAUCGAAUUAGGAGAAGCAGUCGGCAUUAUUGCAGGCCAAUCAAUUGGAGAACCGGGAACUCAACUAACACUAAGGACUUUUCAUACUGGUGGAGUAUUCACGGGUGAUAUUGCAGAACAUGUACGAGCCCCGUUCACCGGAAAAAUUGAAUUCAAUGAAAAUUUGGUUUAUCCUACCCGUACCCGUCAUGGGCAUCCUGCUUAUAUAUGUUAUAAUAGUUUAGACGUGACUAUCAAUAAUCAAUAUGAAGUACAAAACUUAACGAUUCCGCCAGAAAGUUUGCUAUUCAUUCAGAAUAAUCAACUCGUCGAAUCGGAACAAGUAAUUGCCGAGGUUCGUGCUAAAAGAUCCCCCUUUAAAGAAAAAGUAAAGAAACAUAUAUAUUCUGACUUGACAGGAGAAAUGCACCGGAGUAUCCCUAUGUCUAAUUUGAUAUUAGAGACAACUCAUUUAUGGGUAUUAUCGGGAAGUAUAUAUGAAUCCGUUGUAGUACCUUUUUCUUCAGAUCAAGAUCAAGUGGAUAUUCCAGAACUUCUUCUUGACAAACAUAAAUCACUUUCAAAUUAUUCGGUGGAUCAAGUGAAACACGAAUCAGUUGACUCAAACUGUUUUGAAAAAGGAAAAAAAAUCUUGAAUUAUUUCGAAACUGAUCGAACCAUACCUAACGAACAUAAAGACUCUAUCUAUUCCGCCAUUCUUUUUGAAAAUACCCAUAUGAGUGUAAAAAAGGAAAAAAAUAAACUCAUCGUACCAUUAUGGUGUGAUAAACAAUGGGGAAAGCGAAGAAUUCCUUGUCCUGAUUUCAUUUUUAGAAUACCCAGAGGACAAGGUAUUUUACUAAAUAAAAAGCACAUUUUUGCUUUUUUGAAUGACCCCCGUUCAAAAAUGAUAAAAUAUGGGAAUAUUCUCGGAGGUUAUUCAAUUGAAAAAAAAAGGAAUUCUCUUGAAAAUCAAUUAGACGGAGGGCCCAGAUUAAAAAUAAAAAAGACUUAUGCUUCUCUUAUUUCAGUAGGAACAAAUGAGAUCAUUAUCAAUAUGAUUCAAAUUAGCUUGCUGAAAUACCCUUUUUUCAAUAUCGCAAAAAGGGAAAAUAUAGCGAGUUCUCCAUUUUUGUUUCAUAACAAAUUAGGUCACACUAAUUUGAAUGAUCAAAGUAAAUUACUGAGUAAGGGAACUAUUCGUUCAUUACCUAAUGAGAAUAAAAAAGAUGAAUCUUUUACUAUUCUUUCUCCUUCUGAUUUUUUGCAAAUCGUUUUGUUUCAUGAUUUAAAAUGCUUGAAUACAGUAAAAAAGUUGGAUGCAAAUAAAAAAAGAAUUGAAUUGUCAGGUCUCCUGGGUCAUUUACAUAGUAUUGCUAAUCGUUUCCCAUACUCUCAUUUCAUGACUUAUAAAAAAGUGUUACUAACUGAACGUUCAAUUUCUAACAAUGACUCGAAUAAUUUCCAAUUAGCUAAAUGCUAUUUUAUGGACGAAAAGAGGGAAAUUUAUCAAUUUGAUUCAUGCAGGAAUAUUAUUUUCGAUUUCUUCAAUUUGAAUUUGUACUUUUGCCUAUCCAAUUUUUUUGAAAAAACAUUUUCAGUAGUCAGCCUUGGACAAUUUUGUUCCGAAAGUAUAUGGAUAUCCGAAGAUAAACAACUCCAAGGAUCUGGUCAAAUUGUAGUUGUUCAUGAGGAAUCUUUCGUCAUUAGAUUAGCUAAACCCUAUUUGGGUGCUCGAGGAGCAACUCUUAAUAGUUAUUAUGGGAAAAUUCUUUCCCAAGGAGAUACAUUAAUAACUAUGUUAUACGAAAGAUUAAAAUCCGAUGAUAUAAUUCAAGGUCUUCCUAAAGUUGAACAAUUGUCAGAAGCCCGCUCAAAUACUUCAAUAUCAAAAAAUCGAAAAAAAAGAUUUCAAAAAUUGAACAGAUACCUAGCAAUAUUUUUUGGAAACUUUUGGGGGUCAUUCACCAGUGUUAGAAUGACUAUGGAGGAUAGUCAGAAUCAGUUGGUCGAUGAAAUUCAAAAGGUUUAUCGAUCCCAGGGGGUACAAAUUUCUGAUAAACAUAUAGAAAUUAUUGUUCGCCAAAUUACAUCGAAAGUUUUAGUUGUAGAUGUCGACAGGUCCGAAAAUAAAAAUUGGGAAAAUGGACUAGGUAGUCUUUUUUUACCCGGAGAACUCGUUGGAUUAUCACGAGUACAAAGAAUGGAUCGCGCUCUAGAAAAAAGAAUAAACUAUCGAACCAUUUUAUUGGGAAUGACAAACGCAUCUCUGAAUACUCAAAGUUUUCUGUCAGAAGCGAGUUUUCAGGAGACUGCUCAGGUCCUAGCUAAAUCUGCUCUUCAAGGUCGCAUUGAUUGGUUGAAGGGCUUGAAGGAAAAUGUUAUUCUCGGGGGAAUGAUACCUGUCGGUACUGGAUUCAACCGUUUGGUAAAACGGAGCAAAAUGAAUUCGAGAACGAGUCAAAAAAGUCUAUUUAUCAAUAAAGUCGAAGAUUUUUUUUUUGAGCAUCAAGAUCAAGCCUUGAUUUUAUCUCUUAAACAAAAAGAAACUAGUAAAAAUAAAAAAGAAACUAGUAAAAAUAAAAAAGAAACUAGUAAAAAUAAAAAAGAAACUAGUAAAAAUAAAAAAGAAACUAGUAAAAAUAAAAAAGAAACUAGUAAAAAUAAAAAAGAAGCUAGUAAAAAUAAAAAAUAA